GUCGAAAUUCUUGACAGCAUAAACUUCAAGUUAGGUUGUUGGUGGGGUGAGAGAGAUAGGUCAUAGGUGUCCCUCAUCCACCGUGACCUGUCUUUCUACGCCCACAGCAUAUAUAUAAUCCAAACGAAACCGCUUUUCUCUCUUUCUCUAUCCUCGUCCGAUCUCCCCACAAUCCAAUCCAAAUCCAAUCCUAAACGUCACAAUCACCCCCCUCUUCCGCCAUUCUUUCCGCUCUCCGAUUUUUCAUUUUCUUUUCUAAUUCCAUUCAUAACCCUUUGAUUUUUUCUCAACUGGGUUUAACAAAUCUUCCGCUUUUCUUCAUUGGGUCAUUCCCAAGUUUCAAACUUUAUUUACAAUGGUGACGGUGAAUCUGGGAAUGCUUCAUUAUGUAUUAGACCAUGUUUAUGGAGCAUUCAUGCAUAGAACUAAGAUCAGCACUCCGUUUUUCUCGAGAGGAUGGGGUGGUACAAAGCUAGAUAUGUUAGAGAAGAUGAUUAAUCAGCUGUUCCCUGAAUUGGGUGCACAGCCUCCUGUUCAGAUUCAACCCGUGUGGAAAACUGUUUGGGAGACUAGAACGGCUUGUUUGAGAGAAGGGGUUUUUAGAACCCCUUGUGAGGAUCAACUUCUUGGUGCAUUGCCACCUGAGAGUCACAUUGCAAGGGUGGCUUUUCUCAUGCCAAAAAAUGUUCCGACUCAUAGAAUGUCCUGUGUUGUUCAUCUUGCAGGAACCGGUGACCAUACAUUUGAAAGAAGACUGCGUCUUGGUGGUCCAUUGGUGAAGGAAAAUAUCGCAACCAUGGUGCUUGAGAGUCCAUUCUAUGGACAAAGACGUCCUGUGCUGCAGCGUGGUGCAAAACUUUUGUGUGUAAGUGACUUGCUUAUAUUAGGAAGAGCAACCAUCGAAGAGGCACGCAGUCUCUUACACUGGUUAGACUCUGAGGCAGGUUUCGGCAAGAUGGGUGUCUGCGGUCUUAGUAUGGGAGGAGUACAUGCUGCAAUGGUUGGAUCACUUCACCCUACACCGGUUGCAACACUCCCUUUUCUCUCACCACAUUCAGCAGUUGUGGCAUUCUGUGAGGGGAUUUUAAAGCACGGCACUGCAUGGGAAGCACUGCGAAAUGACCUUGCAACUGAGAAAGUUGUAAUGACACUCGAGGAGGUGAGAGAACGGAUGAGAAAUGUGUUGUCACUCACAGAUGUCACACGCUUUCCGAUUCCUAAAAACCCCGAUGCUGUAAUCCUUGUUUCCGCCACUGAUGACGGAUACAUUCCGAAACACUCGGUCCUAGAACUGCAGAAAGCUUGGCCAGGUUCUGAAGUAAGAUGGGUCACAGGCGGACAUGUAUCAUCAUUCAUUCUCCAUAAUGAUGAGUUUCGAAGAGCCAUUAUUGACGGCCUUGAUAGAUUACCAUGGAAAGAAUCUCCAUUGUAAUAAUAGUUAUAGCGCUUGAAGAAGAUAUUUAUUUCGUACCGUUAAUUGAUUGAUCUCAGUGUUCUUUUCCUCCUAUACUCAUCAAAUCAAAGCUUGUAACAUGCAUAGUUCAUCCCUCUGAACUCCUUCCCCAAAUGAAGAGGGAAAGUGUUGUACAUUAUCAUCUAGAACAUGUACAUUAAUCUUGUUUUUGAAUAAGAUAAAGUUUGAUGGGAA